GUUACCCCCCACCCCGCUCCCCCCGCGCUUCUCCCCGGUUCUACCGGGCCUCUCGCUUCGCCCCAUCGUUUUUGGGGCACUUACCGGCCUCACGUCUACUUCGGGAUGAAGACGCGCAGCCCACGGGCUCUGGUUACCGGGCUGAUGUGGCUUCAGCAAGGCGAGGGGGGAGGCAGCUUGCGCCACACCUGCGAGCAAAGCGACGGUCUGUCGCGCUACGGCUGGUUGAUGCACGACGGGGAGAAUUUCGGGGUGCAGGAGAUCCGAGACGGGGGCUUGUUGUUAAAAACCGAAUUCGUUAAACGACCGGGAGGGGAACACGGAGGGGAUUGGAGUUGGCGCGUCACCGCGCGGAUGGAGGGCGCAGGCGGCCCGGCCCCCCUCCUCUCGCUCUUCUUCUACAUCGCCACGGACGGGCAGGGGACGCUGCGGCCGCACCUGGAGAACGGGACGCGUCUGGCCGCCGUGACGGGGACGGCGGAGGAGCUGGGAAGCUUCACCCUCACCUUCCUCCGCCCCACGGCGGAGAGCGGGGAGGACCCCAAAUACGCCAGCUACAACUACCUGGAGGCGGCGAGCCCGGGGCUGCACCGCCUGACCGAGGCGGUGCGGAGCAGCCUGAGCAACCGUUUCGUCUUCGCCCCACCGGGGGGGCCCCGCCGCCGCUUCUUCGCCGUCGACACCUUCGGGGGGCUGCCGGGGGAGCCCCCGCGCGGGCGCCUGCUGCUGCACCAGGUGACGCUGGAGCCGCCUGCUACGGUGGAGGUGACCUUCGAGUCGGGCAGCGCAGCGGGCCGGCCCGGGCGGCUGGCGGGGGGGGUGCUGUCGGCGGCGCUGGCGCGGCACGCGGCCGCCUUCGAGCGGCGCUUUGAGGAGACCUUCGGGCUGGGGCGCAAGGGCUUCCCCCCACCGCAGCGGCGCUUCGCCCAGGCCGCCCUCAGCGACCUGCUGGGAGGGGUGGGCUACUUCCACGGGCACUCCCUGGUGCGGUCCCCGCUGCAGGAGCAGCCCGUGCCCGCCCCCGCCGCCGCCCUCUUCACCGCCGUCCCCUCCCGCUCCUUCUUCCCCCGCGGCUUCCUCUGGGACGAGGGCUUCCACCAGCUGCUGCUGGCACGCUGGGACCCGGCCCUGAGCCGCGAGGUGAUCGCGCACUGGCUGGACCUGAUGAACGCCGAGGGCUGGAUCCCGCGGGAGCAGAUCCUGGGGGAGGAGGCGCGGGCCAAGGUGCCCCCCGAGUUCCUCCUGCAGCACAGCGAGACGGCCAACCCCCCCACGCUGCUGCUGGCGCUGCAGCAGCUGCUGCCCACCGCCCCCCUGCCCUACCUGCGCCGCCUCUUCCCCCGCCUGCGCACCUGGUACGACUGGUACAACCGGACGCAGGCCGGGCCCCUGCCCCUCACCUUCCGCUGGCGCGGCCGCGACCCCCAGCCCGAGCGCUUCCUCAACCCCAAGACGCUGGCCUCGGGGCUGGACGACUACCCGCGCGCCUCCCACCCCUCGCCCGAGGAGCGGCACCUGGACCUGCGCUGCUGGAUGGCGCUGGCCUCCCGGGUGCUGGGGCAGGUGGCCGAGCGGCUGGGCGAGCCGGCCGGGCCCUACCGGGAGAUGGAGCGGGCGCUGAGCGACAACGGCCUGCUGGACCGGCUGCACUGGGCCCAGGAGCUGGGCGCCUUCGCCGACUACGGCAACCACAGCGCGGCGGUGGGGCUGCGCUGGCAGCCGGCAGCGCCGGCGGCCCCGGGCCGGCCCCCUCCGGCCCCCCGGCUGGUGCGGGAGGUGCGGGAGGCGCCGCGGCCCCGCUUCGUGGGGGCCCUGGGCUACGUCAGCCUCUUCCCGCUGCUGCUGCAGCUGCUGCGCCCCGACUCGCCGCGGCUGCCCGCCGUGCUGGCCGCCAUGCGCAGCGAGCGGCAGCUCUGGACGCCCUUCGGGCUGCGCUCCCUGGCCCGCGACAGCCCCCUCUACAUGCAGCGCAACACCCAGCACGACCCCCCGUACUGGCGCGGACCCAUCUGGGUCAACAUCAACUACCUGGCGCUACGGGCGCUGCGCGGCUACGCCGACGCCGAGGGGCCGCAGCGGGAGCGGGCGGCGGAGCUUUACCGCGAGCUGCGCCACAACCUGGUGGCCAACCUGUACCGGCAGUACGCCGAGAGCGGCUUUCUCUGGGAACAGUACAGCGACAGCACCGGCCGCGGCCAGGGCUGCCACCCCUUUGCCGGCUGGUCGGCGCUGGUCGUGCUGGUGAUGGCCGAGGACUACUAG